AAAUUACAGCUUCAUGGAUUGUGGUCUUUUCAGGCCUCAGUCUUUAGUGAAUUAGUGAAUUCAGUUUAAAGUUAUGUGUCUAAAUCACCUUGGCACUCUUUAUAUGCCAGAACAAAUUUUUCCAUGUCUUGUCAAGAGGUGCUGCUGGCCAAUUCUGUAAUGUAAGGUAUUGAGAAAUAGUUGGGUCGUGAAGGGUUUAUUUCAGCACAGACCAUAAUAGGAUUGAGAAUGUCAUGAAAUUCAGCAUAUACACAUAUAUAUAUUUAAAUAUAUUAAAAAAUAAUAUAUAAUUUCUAGAUAAAUAUAAAAAAGUAAUGAAGUUAUAAAUUACAUAUUGCUUAGUGAAUAAAAAUGUAAAUAUGUAUUAUGUAUCAAAUUUUUACAUUCAGCCAUAUGUUGGUUUGAUUAAUUUUUACCAUUUGAUAAUUGUCUAAUGAUCUUUUUGAAGAUAAUUUGACAGUGGGGUCCAUUGUCUAGGGUGCAGAGUGCAGAUGGUGGUGUGGCAGCUGAUCUGGAAUAGUUCUUCAGUAAAUGAACAGCGUGAGUUUGGAAGGGCCUCUGCCACCCUUACAGAACCAGGGGUGGCGUCAGUUCAGUUCUCCUUCGGUCGUGGUUCACAAGCUUUUGUGAUCGUGAGAACUUUUGUGGUGUUUGUUUGGUUUUUAGUGACCUGGUUAGUAUAUUGCUGUUACAGGUAGUGUAACUCAGUUACUGCCAUUAAGUAGCAGAAAAAAACAGAUAAUAGAAGAAAUAAAACUCACUACAUUCUCUUAGAUUGGGUGAAAAAGAUUUAGAAGUUAUUAUCAGAGAACCAGUGGUGUUGCUUGCUUAUCCUAAGAACACUGAAUUUUAAAGGUUGCAGAUUUUGAACACGUGCUAUGCCCUUGACCAAUGUUUAACCAUGACAUUUUCUACUACUGAGAAUGAGAAGUAGUUGUUUUUUUAAGGAUUAGCUAUUUGUGUUGGAAAUAGCUAAAAUGAAAUGAGCAUCAUGGUAUAUAUUGAUCACCAACCAAAGUUUGAAAGAAACACUCCCCUGAUCGUUUGUUGUUAUUAGGCUCAACUUCAGAAGAAUAUAUAAUGUUUUGCUAUCAGACACGGACGGGAAUCUAUUAUAGAUUCCUUAAAAAGUCUAGACUGCCUAGAAGUGAGUGGUGUGCGAAGUAAAGUGAAUUCAUUGGGAAGUAUCGAACACAAACAAGUAGAACAACCUGUCCCCAAGUUUCAGCUAACUUGCAGAUGCUAUUCUAAUACACUUAUAGGUAUGCUAGUAUCUUGAUUAUCUGUAAAUGCUACCAAAAAAUGCAACAAAAAACCACUGGUGUCUGGUUCUCUGGAUGAGACAUGGAAGCACAAGAAAACCCCACCUGAACACUGAGGGAAGAAAACAAGGCACCACAGUAGCUGUCAUUCUGUUGCAUCCUAAGACAUUAAGGUGCAACUUUGGAAAAGCAACAUGCAACUCUUGACAGACCUUGAAAGAGAAGUACAAGCUUUGGUGCCACACAGCAAGGAACAACACCAUGUAUGUUGCUCAGUUUGCUCAAUAGCUUGUUGCACAAGUUAUUUAGUGUACAACAUACCUAGUGAGGAAUUUGGUUUACGUUCUAUAUCCUUUCCCUUCCGUUGAUUAUCAAAUGUCUUCUGUUUUGCCACACACAGUGCCCAUGACGUUCUCUGAACAAGAGGGGCGAGGUGAUGCACUGGCCAUGUUCCCUGGGCUGCAGGGUGGUACUCGGGGGUUGUGUUUGCCAGCUUGCCAGGCGGCUCUUGCCUGAGCUUGUGCUUCAGCCCACUAGUCAGUGUACCUUUCUUAACCACCAGUUUUCACAAAUGCAUACGCACGUUGUGUUUUGGACUCUCCUUCUUAAUUAAAUUUGAUUGAAAGUGGCGUAAGGUUAAAGUUGCUGGGGAGAGAGUAAAACCAAAAUGCAACAUGUGGUUGCAUAAGCUUACCAGAGUAUCAGAUUUCUCUGAAAAUACUCAAAAACAUAGAAGAACUCUCUGCGAAAUACCAGCAUCAUUUGAGAAACUUUGCCUAUAAAUUGCAAGUAAUAUUUUUAAUGGCUGUCAGAAAUAUUUGUUACUUUGUAAUUCUCUCUUCAUUGACAUAAAACAUUAUUAACAAAUUUUCCCAAGGUUAAAGGUCAGUAGAUACCAUGUUGGUGCUUUUUAUGUGUGCACGUGUAGCUGUUCCGGAUGUCACUUAGAAUGUUUUGGGUGGACAUUUCUUUAUGCUCCUCUUUCUUUAUGCUUACCUUGGUUUUGCCAGUAUUCUUUUUUUUUCUUGCCCUUAGGGCAGAGACUACGCAAUGGUCAUACAGCCCAGUAAGUUCACAGUCCAUCUCUUAGGUGUCCCAAUCAAAACACUGUUGAUAAAGGAUUAGGUUAACAGUGGCUGUGGUGCCACCCACAGGCAUGGUUAGCGCAGGAAGAGCAGUACUUCUCACUUUCUCUGUCAUGCUCUUAUUGUUUGCACUUCUUCCUUUUUCCUUCUUUCGGGGUCUUUAAUCUCUCUGCAAUCAACUUAGUCUUCUUAAAACUGAAGGUGUCUUCUUAUCAUUGCUGUUGUCCAUGUGAUGUAACUAUUUUUGAUCUCUUAAUUUUUAGAAAGUUCUGUCUGUAUUGCAGGAGCCUACCUAGGUAAGUCUUGCUGAGACUUGGAAUGCUGCCAUAACGCGGUGGACUUGGCAGUGCGAGAUUAACAGUUGAACUCAGUCAUCUUAACGAUCUUUUCCAACCAAAACAAUUCUAUGAUUCUGUGACCAUAGGAGCUUGUCCUGCCCAUCCUCCUGCCAAACGCAGGGUUAGACCAGCUUCUGCGGGGCUUUAUACAAUCAGGUCUCGAAAACCUACAGGGUUGGAGACUGCAGAGUUCCCAGAACUCCAGUGCUUGACUCUCCUCACAGGAAAAAAAACGUUCUUCAUAUCCAGUCAGAUAUAAGGAUUAUUACUGAUUAUUUGUCUACCUCUUUGCCUUAACAUUGCUUUCUUUUUUAAUUACUCCAUAAAUUUAUAACAAGUGGCGUUUGUCCAAUUUAUAUUGCUUGCUAUAGUUCUUGAAUUUUUUCUCCUGAUUCUGAUGCAUUCUGAAAUACUAUGUUUUCUUUGCAGCAUUUUCCUCAAAACCCACUUUGUACAAGUAUGUUGUGGAAUUGUGCUCCUAUACUUUCCCACUGGGGUUCUUGUUCCACAGCGCGUGUUGCAGGAGAGCUGGCCCUGUGCCCCUGGGCAGUGCCCCGCUCCUUGAACCUGCCAUUACCUCUUUUAGUUAACUUCUGCAGUUUUAGAGUAUUGAUUAUGUAAAUAUUGCUUACAACAUGCAAACAUGUAUAUAUACAAGCCUCUUUUUUUUUUCACUUUAAGCAAAUUUAUUGAAGCGAUACUUAAAUACGAAAAGUUGAAAGGGAAUUAGUAUUUGGACUGAAAUGGAUUGCUGGAAGUGACUGAACACGGAGGAACAUUUUGUCUUCUGUCAUUUGAUUUAGUUGCUUUUUAUGGGUUAAUGUAGAGAGGUUCUGGUUAGCUGUUUCUAAAAUAUGAGAGUUUGAUGUUUCUGUAAAGGGUUACAUAUAUUUUAUGGCUAGAUGGCAUUCAUGAGUGGGUUACUGUGCUGUGGGACAGUGGUAGUUCAUGUUCCUGAUGGUGUGUAGGAUAUCAGUUAUGUGGAUUUUUCCUUUGUUGCUUUUAAAUAAAUGUUAUUACAGUUUUAUAAAGAGGCUGUAGUCACACAUGCAGGAUUAAAGAGAAUUUAGCAAAAAACUCCACAAAUGUGUUAAAGUAGUGAAUCAGAUUAAUUUAUAAUUUAUUAAAUCCUGAGCAAAAUCAAGGAGGUUUGUUCAGUGCUGCUACUGUUUUGUGGUUUACCACCCAUUUUUAAUUUUUAUUUGAUUGCUGUUAUUAAAAUGGCCUUUCAGCUUCUAUCUGUAGGUAUGUGUAAGUUAGGGAGAAAAGAUGGUGUUAAGUGUUAAAUGCUGCAUUUUGUGGACUUGUUUUGGUGCUUGACAGUAACCAGAAAUGUCCCUGCAGUGCCUCCAGGAAAGACAGCCUUAUUUUGAAGUGAAUUACUCUCAGGCCUGCCGUAGAAGGCUCCCAGCGUGAGCUGGCUGCUCGGUACUAACUGACGAGUGCCAGAGCUGUUGCUGUUUGCCCGGCGGCUCCGGCGUGCCCGCGCAGCAGCGCGAGCUGCGGGCCGCGCGCCCCCGGCACGUGCAGCGCCCCCUCGCGGACGGCGGUUACUGCCUCAGGGCGGACGGCGGGACAGGGAGGAGGAGGAGGGGCAGAGCCUGCCUCCCUCGGGCUUGGAGCCGAACGGCCCGUCGCCGCGGCGUCCACCCUCGGCCCUUAAUGGCGCUGGGACCCAGAGGCUGUUCGAGCCGAGGCGGCCGCUUUUGCUGCCACGCUCGGUCGAGGCUCGUGCCGUUGUCUCCGCCUGUUCCCGGCCUUCGCCAUUCUCCGUCAGGCACGCAGGAGGCGGGCCCGGAGAGCCUCGCUGACGAGAGCCCGUCGCCGGGAAGCGCCAGGUCCAUGUACCCCAUUGUUCCGGCGGAGAGAGUCAAAGGCACUGUGAGAUGAGGGGCUAGAUAAUGAGGGAUCUAUCCAUUUCUAACUGGCUGACCCAGAAUAUUGCAUGCUCUUCAAACAAUAUGAUGGUGCAGAGAACCUAAAAUGAUAGCUGCAGGAAAAUUUUCAAGUCUUCCCAGAAAUGGCCCAGUGAACCACCAGUUCUCAUUAGCUUCUUCCAUGGACCUUUUGACCACUAAACCUUCACCAAGUGAGCAUCGCUCAGACGCCUUUCAAGAUAUCUCUAUCCAUGGCACUCUCCCCAGGAAGAAGAAGGGGACAAUUCCCAUUAGGUCUUGUGAUAUGUUUAGCCACAUGGGAACAUUGCCGUACACCAGAACAUACCGGCAGCAGCCACCUUUUGUACAGGGUGUUAUAGAAGAGUACCCUCCACAAAAUGGGAAGAGCAACAAACUCCAUACCAGAGAUCAGAAUGUUCUGGAUCCUACUUUGGAAUAUGUUAAGUUUUCUAGGGAGAGGCAGGUUAUGGACAACAGCCCAGAAAAACUGAAGAAGGAGUUAGAGGAAGAACUGCAGCUAAGUAGUGAAGACUUGCGUAGCCAUGCCUGGUAUCAUGGACGUAUUCCUCGGCAGAUGGCAGAAGAGCUAGUUCAGAGAGAUGGAGAUUUUCUGAUUAGGGAUUCUCUCUCCAGUCCUGGGAACUUUGUUCUUACCUGUCAGUGGAAAAACACCUCUCAGCAUUUUAAAAUCAACAGAACAGUUCUAAGACUCAGUGAAGCCUACUGCCGUGUUCAGUAUCAGCUUGAACUGGAAAGUUUCGACAGUAUCCCCGGCUUAGUUAGAUACUAUGUUGGGAAUCGCACGCCAGUAUCAAAGCAGAGCGGAGCAAUUAUUUUUCAGCCUAUCAACAGGACUGUGCCUCUCAGGUGUCUAGAAGAAAAGUAUGGUGUAACUCCAGUCCGACAAAAAGAGCCCAGUAUCUCUGAAGGAAAACCAGAAACUACAAAAAGACUGAGUCUUGGUGUAUCCAGCAUGCAAUCCCCAGAGCAGAGCAUACCUAGAGGAAAUCUUUUGAGAAACAAAGAAAAAAGUGGUAGCCAACCAGCUAGUUUGGACCAUGUUCUGGAGAAGAGAUUCCCUCUAAAGGCUCACCAGUCAGAGAGCUAUCUGCUAAUAGGUUCACGACGUCCAUGUCAGUUACCUGAAGCAGAUGCAGACUCCUGUCCAGGCUCUCCUGCAUUUAGAACAGGCAGUGAACCUUCUCUAAGCCCCACAGUUGUUCAGAAAGUCACCGCUGAGUCACAAGUAGGGGAAGCUCUGAGAGGAUCAGACAGUCAGCUCUGUCCAAAGCCCCCGCCUAAACCCAGCAAAGCACUCCUAAUGAAGUCCCCAGAUUCUCCUUUGGCUUCCCACAGUUCAGAAGAACACUAUUGUGAACUCAGCCCUGCCAGAGAUCCUGCAUCAACAAAACAACAUUUAUGUCAGAAAAACAACUAUGUGGAACAUCUGACACAAAAGGAGAGGGGAACACAGUCAUUCAGGAACUCCGAUACAAACUAUUUGAUCCUGGAAGAUGACUCUCCAAUGAACCCUGCAGAUCCUUUAGAAGCUUCAACAGAGUUGGCUGAGGAAGGCAGCAUCUUUUCUGUACCUGUUUUUGAGACGGUGUCCAGUUUUAAACCAAAUGAUUUUGAAUCCAAACUACUUCCUCCUGAGAACAAGCCAUUGGAAACAUCAAUGUUAAGAAGAGUUAAGGAGCUUUUCACCAACAACAAUCCAAAGAUUAUUGCACAGCAUAUUCUUAGGAUGGACUGCAAGGUAGCAAGGAUACUAGAAGUUUCUGAAGAGAUGAGGAGGAUUAUGGGAGUGAACUCUGGUCUUGAACUGAUUACCUUGCCUUACGGGCAUCAACUGCGCCUUGACCUAAUUGAAAGGCAUAAUACCAUGGCUAUAGGAAUAGCUGUGGAUAUCUUGGGUUGCACAGGAAAUGUAGAAGAUAGAGCGGCAACAUUAAACAGGAUCAUCCAAGUGGCAGUGGAGCUGAAGGACUCGCUGGGGGAUUUGUAUGCAUUUUCUGCCAUUAUGAAAGCACUGGAAAUGCCACAGGUCACUAGGUUAGAACAAACCUGGACCUCUCUAAGACAUCGUUAUACCCAGACUGCCAUUAUGUAUGAAAAACGGCUGAAGCCGUUCAGCAAAGCUUUGCAUGAAGGACAAGAUGAGUGGAACAAGACUGCCAGUGCGCCACAGAACAUAACAGUGCCCCUGCUGAUGCCUCUUGUUGCCCUGAUGGAGCGACAAGCCGUCGUUUUUGAAGGCAUGGACCUGUGGGAAAGCAGUGACCAAAGCUGUGAAAUAAUGCUCAAGCACUUGGCCACAGCACGUCAAAUAGCACAGAAUGCAGAAAUGUACAGCCUGACUGCAGAACAGAUGCUGGAAGGUUUUCAGCCAGAUGAAGAGAUGAGUGAAAUCUUCAAGACAGAAUUUCAAAUGAGAUUGCUCUGGGGCAGCAAAGGAGCACAAGUUAAUCAAAAUGAAAGAUACGAGAAAUUCAGCCAGAUUUUAACUGCACUUUCCCGAAAACUGGAACCUCCUUCAGUGAAGCAGGUGGAACAAUUAAGUAUAUAAGACUCUCUAAACACAAUUUAAAUGACAUACUUGAAAUAACCUUUUAGCUUUCUUUUGGUGAUUUGAUACUGCACAAACUUCUUGCAUUUCACAAGAUGUUUAGAACUUUUAACUGCACAAUGCACACUUGUUUUAAAACUACUGAUUUCUCAACAAAUUAUUUAUUUACUGUGUCACCAAGACAUUUAAUGAUCCCUUGAAACAGAUAGGUUAUCCCUGUAAGAUAGUCUUACAGCUUUCUGUAUUUCCCCAGAGUUGCAAUGUUUUGAUAAUGCCUAGGAAUAAGGGCAUUGGCAUCUUAAUAUUAAAAUGUAGCAAAUAGUGUAAAUAAAAUGAUAGAUUAAGUAUGUGACAUUGCAGAAAA